GUGAUGUGUGCAUUGUCCUAUAUUUACAUUGUAUUUUUAUUUUAUAUCCCAGGCCCCCAGGAGGCGUUUUGGCUUUUGGUAGGCCGUCAUUGUAAAUAAGAAUGUUUGUUCUUAAAUGACGUGCCUAGUUAAAUAAAAAUCUAUAUCUCAGUUACCUGUUUUUCACACGUGUAUCUGCCCUCUCAUUGGCUAGAUAGGCCCUACUUGAAAUUGCUUCCCCCUGCCUGCCUUCCAUCUUUGAGGACGUAUUUGUCAUUAUUAGCGCGGUUUGUCGAUUAUCUUGUCAAUAUAAUAGGCAAUCUUUGGUGUUAACUAUUGACAACCAAAAUGCAGAGAAUCGAAAGGGGAAGGCCAUAUGUUGCGUAGCAACACUCCUCGGCGUCCUUUGGUGUUUGCAAUGGCUUGCGGGAAUCUGAGGCCCGAUUGAGUGACCGCCCUUUUUAGACAAACGAAAGUAGAGCAACGCUGUUAGAGUCGGGAGAGAAUAAUACGCAAAAACAACUAAUUAAAGCUGCGGAACCUAACUUGAGUGUGCCAUCUUUGCAUGGAUAUCUUCCUUGUGCCUAGGUGAGGGGCUGAGCCAUGGCAGACGAGGACGAGGUGGAUUGUGGCAGUGAGUUCCCAGCCCUCUAUAAAGUCAUGCUGGACAAAUUGAAUGAACAGAGACAGUUGGACCAGUUCACAGACAUCACUCUCAUAGUGGAUGGGCACCAGUUCAGGGCUCAUAAGGCAGUGUUGGCAGCAUGCAGUCAGUUCUUCCACAAGUUCUUCCAGGACUUCACACAAGAGCCACUAGUGGAGAUUGAAGGAGUCAGUAACUCAGCCUUCCGCCAGCUGAUGGAGUUUACGUACACGGCUAUACUUGCUGUCAAUGGACCAGAGGAGGUCAAUGACGUGUGGAAGGCAGCAGAGUACCUCCAGAUGCAGGAGGCCAUCAAGGCCCUCAACAACAGGAUGAGUGAUGGCACUCCCUUCAGUCCGUCCCAGGCCCUGGCGGCGGGGAAGAGCAAGACCAAAAAGAGGGAGCCGGCUGAGACUUUCAGUGUGAUCAUGGAGACUCUUCCGUCAGUGGUGGGGGAGCAGGUGGAGAUUGAGGUGGAGAUCGGGGAGGGGGCCAUCGAGGUGGAGGAGACUGGUAUGGAGGAGGAGGUGGUGGAUGCUGCUCGGACCGCCCAGGCUGCCUCGGACGACUCGGCCCUGGCACUGCUCGCUGACAUCACCAGCAAGUACCAGCAGAGGGGGCCAAUGCUGCACGUGCUGAAGAAGGAAGGACUGGAGGAGGAGGUGGUGUCUCAGGAGGAGGUGGUGUCUCAGGAGGAGACAGUGACAGCUCCCAAGACUCUUGAGGGCCUGGAGGUGGUCGAGGUCCAGAUCUCUCAGCUGGACAAGAUGUUCCGCUGCAACAAAUGUGACCGCAGCUUCCGCCUCUACUACCACCUCAAACAGCACAUGCGCGCGCACGUGGCUGCCCUGGACAAGCCGCAUGUGUGUUGCCACUGCGGUAAGGCGUACAUGCGGGAGGCGGCGCUGAAACAGCACCUGAACACGUUACAUUACGAGGCAGAGGAGCUGUCGCGCAGCCAGUCCCAGAAGAAGAAGAUGCACAUGUGUGAUUACUGUGACAAGCAGUUUGACCACUUUGGACACUUCAAGGAGCACUUACGUAAACACACCGGUGAGAAGCCGUUUGAGUGUCCAGACUGCCAUGAGCGCUUUGCCAGGAACAGCACAUUGAAAUGUCACAUGGCUGCCUGUCAAAACGGCGCCGGGGCCAAGAAGGGACGCAAAAAAGUCUACGAAUGUCAGGUGUGCAGCAGUGUGUUCAACAGCUGGGAGCUUUUUAAAGACCACCUGACGACCCACACAGGAGAGAAGCCCAACCACUGCACCAUGUGUGACAUCUGGUUCACCCAGCCCCACGACCUGCGCCGACACCUCCGCGAACUGCACAGUGUCACAGACGACACGCUGAUGACCCAGGAACUGGACAUCGGUGCCAUGGCAAUGCAAGAGGAAGUGGCCGGGGAGGAGGACGAGGAGGGAGGCGAGAGCGAGACCCUCUUACUGGAGGACGUGAUGAGGGUGGAGCAUGUUACCGUGGAGCCCGUAGACGUGGUAGUCAUGGAGGAAACGGACAUGGUGGUGGAAGAGGUGACGGAGAUGUGUGAGGAGGACGUGCAGAGACUGAAGGAGGCAGGAGUGGAGAUCCGGGUGGUGCAGGUGUCAGCGGCGGGACAGGUGAACUCUGAGAUCCAGGUGGAGGAGGAAUCACAACAGAUUGUGGAUGUAUGAAGCAGGAGCGGAGCUCCAUCUAAAAUCGUACCCUGUUCCCCAUAAAUACAGUACCUACCUUUGCUUUGACCAGAAGUAGUGCACUGUAUGAGGAAAAGGGUUUUAUUUGAGAUGUGCCUGCUGAUUAUGGUCAAACUGGAAAAGCUCCACCUCCUCACCUUGUUGACUAAUAGGGUAACGGACAGAGACAAGUAUUUGAAGUUGCUCACAUUUUUAGAUUCUAUUUAUUUAGAACCUGCUGUCAGCAUGGCUCUGUCUUCUCUCUGUGUGUCUGUGGCAGAGAUAUACCUGCUGAAUGCACUUACACUGACCCCUGUUCAAGGUUUUGUCACAGACCGAUCAAAAGCUUUCUUUGUUUUUUGCUUUCUUUGUUUUUUGUGUGUGUUUUUUUUUACAUUUUAGCAUGUACAUUUGAGAUCAUCAAAAUUCAUUUGCCAAGACAGUAUGCAAUCCAUGAAGAUCCCUUCUCCGUUAAAUGGUUUCACUAGCAGACGCCAGUUAUUGAUUGGAAUGCACAGUCUGUUUCACUGUCAUACAGCUGCAGACAUAUUAAUGAUGUGCCUCACUGCUGUUUCCCAGUUGGAAUCCAUCUGAAGCACAGAUCUGUUGAAAAAUCAUUCAGCAUUCGACUGAAGAGCAUGUUUUUGAUGGUGCCUAUGCCCUAACUGAUGAAAAAAAAAAAACUUUAAUAUUUGAAUAAAAAGAUAAUGGCUGUUAGUGUACGUAUGUUUUCUGGUUUCUGCCCACCAAUUCCCCUGCUCGUCUACCUCUUUCCUGUUCUGACUGCAGCACAGCCCUGUUCCCACAAGACAUUGGGGUUUAUGUAUGACACUGUUAUGAGUUAUGCUAUUAAGAAACAGAAGUCAGAAAGUAUUAAAAGUUAAAACGUUUUUUUAUUUUACAAAUGUUCAUAAUUGCAUUGUUUUCUUUGUGCAGCUCAAUUAAGAGGGAGUGACUUAAUCAAUACAUAUUGAAUUCUCAAAACGUGUCCACACUUUGCAGUUACAUUUCUUACAAUGCUUUCAAAUGUGCCACUUUCAAAUGUGUCAGACGGAGAAGUGGAAGUUUAGUUUACUAGUCAUCAAGAAUGAACAAAAACCUGCUGGGUCUAAAUGCAAUUUUUAAAUGUUUUAUAUAUGCUUGUAAAUAAAAGGUUGACGUAAACCACAUUGGC